UUUGAACAUUCUUGUUUUUUAUAAUCGAAGAAAUGGUCGAACUAAAUGUUGAAGAUCUCUAUUUGAACCGAGCAAAAUUCGUAAUGAAAUUGUUUGGUGUCUGGGUGCCACCAGAUCAAGAGUCUUUAACACAAAAGUGCUACAGAAUCUUUAUGAUGUCUCUACAAUACGCAUUUCUUUUAUUUCAAACAAUUUAUAUUAUUCAGGUGUGGGGCGACCUUGAUGCCGUUUCUCAAGCAUCUUAUUUAUUGUUCACCCAGGCAUGUUUGUGCUUCAAAGUGACGGUCUUUCAAUUGAAUAUGAAAAUACUUAAAGAUUUGUUGAAACGUAUGAAUGGGGAUGUUUUUAAGCCGCAAUCGCCUGUACAUGUGAAAAUUCUAAAGUUCCACGCAUCACGGAUCAAGCGGCUUCUUUUGGGCUUCAUGAUCAGUUCGCAAGCCACAUGUGGUCUUUGGGCACUCAAGCCACUGUUUGACGACACAAAUCGCAAGUUUCCAUUUGAUAUGUGGAUGCCAGUUCAUGCCGAUCAAUCUCCGCAUUACCACUUAGGCUACGCGUUUCAGCUGCUGACAAUUUGCAUAAGCGCGUACAUGUACUUCGGCGUCGACAGCGUUGCCCUUUCGAUGGUCCUCUUCGGCUGUGGCCAGCUAGACAUUGUUAAGGAUAAACUUAUGAGCGUAAAACCAACAUGGAAAAAACGAGGACAGGAAAUGAAUUUGAUUCAAACGGAAAACUACAAAAUUCUUACUGAAUGCAUUGUGCAACACCAGUCAAUUGUUUCAUUCAUACAAAUAGUAGAAAACACUUUUCAUGCGAACAUCUUCUUUCAAUUAAGUGGAACUGUGGCUAUAAUUUGUAUCAUCGGUCUACGAAUUUCAAUCGUGGAAAAGAACAGUGUUCAAUUCUUCUCGAUGCUGAAUUAUAUGGUGACCAUGCUGUCGCAACUGUUCUUGUAUUGCUGGUGCGGUAAUGAAUUGACUAUUAGGAGUCAAGAUCUUCGUGACUGGUUGUACCAAUGUCCGUGGUACGACCAGGACUUGAAGUUCCGUCGGUCUCUAUGGAUCACCAUGGAGCGAAUGAAAAAAUCGAUCAUUUUCAAAGCUGGCCAUUACAUACCACUGUCGAGGCCUACUUUUGUAUCAAUCCUCCGUUCAUCAUACUCCUACUUCGCAGUGUUAAAUCAAGCGAACAACAAAUAA